ACCUCCGCCUCCAGCUCUCCUCACGCGCACACUACAACAGUACCACGCCAUUCCGGUCUCUGCCCGUCUCCUUCCUCGAGCUAGCGGCUAGCGCCGGUGACUCGACCGGUGAGGCCAGGAUCCUUGGCUCGAAGAAGCGAUUGAGCACCACCACACGGGGUUAUAGACGAAGGAUCCAGGAUGCGGAUGAGCUGCAACGGGUGCCGCGUGCUUCGCAAGGGGUGCAGCGACAACUGCGCCAUCCGGCCGUGCUUGCAGUGGAUCCGCAGCCCCGACGCGCAGGGCAACGCCACCGUCUUCCUCGCCAAGUUCUACGGCCGCGCAGGCCUCAUCAACCUCAUCACCGCCGGCCCCGAACACGUCCGACCCGCAAUAUUCCGGUCUCUGUUGUACGAGGCUUGCGGCCGCAUGCUCAACCCGGUGUACGGCUCGGUCGGCUUGCUCUGGUCCGGGAACUGGCAGCUUUGCCAGGCGGCCGUCGAGUCGGUCCUCCGCGGCAUACCCAUCGCGCAGCCGCCGCCCACCGCCACGGCUGUCCCGCCUCUCCGGUCGUGCGACAUCCGCCACGUCGCCAGGAGGGAGGCAGGCCGCGGCGCCGUGGAUGCCGGCCUCCACCGAAUGGCCAACAGCUCGCGGGGGCAGUUCAAGCGAUCCGGCGCCCAGCACAGAUCCGCAGACUCCGGCAGCAUCGAGCUCGUCUUCUCCCAGCCGUCGGCGGCUUCGUCCAUGCUGGUCGACAUCCGACAGGCGCAGCCACUGAACUGGGCGCCACGCCAUCCAAGCCCCCACCAGUACUACUCCGCAAGCCACGACGACGACGCCGUGCGUGAGAGCGACGACAGCAAAGCCUCGGUGGACACCGUGGAUGUCUCUCAUGUCAGUCAGUCCGAACCCGCGGAGCCACCGAGAGAAAGCAAUGAGCGGGCGGAUGGUCUAGACCUCACACUAGGUCUGCCACCGACUGCGCACAAGGUCGAGAGACUCGAGACGUCGUCAGACGUUGACGACGACCAGACUUCUCACAGAGGCGAGCCGACGAAGCUCGGCUUCGCCAUGGCGGAUUCUCGAGCUAGAUAAUGAAAUCGUUGGAUAUACUACUCAUCCGAUCGAUCGACAGGGAGUUUUGAUUGCCUGGAACUCGUUUAUGUCUUAAUUUGUAGUUCUGUAGGGGUGGCUAUAUAUGGUGUUUUCUAGUUUUGGAAACUGUAACAACAGUGUGUGCCCUCUUUUUUUUGCAUUUUUUAUGUAUGAUACACCGUUUCUUGAUGUGUUCUUCCCACUAUAUUUUAAGGGGAUGUUUGGUUUAUAGGGACUAAUGUUUAGUCCCUUCA